AUGGGAGCGCUGCAGCCAGGACUACCUAACCCCGCUAUGUUACCAGAGCAUUGGAGACUGUUGAUAGUGGACUUAAAAGAUUGCUUUUUUACUAUUGCAUUACACGAGCAAGAUAUGCAACGCUUCGCGUUUACUUUGCCCUCUGUUAACAAAGAGGCGCCAGCACAGCGUUUUGAAUGGACAGUAUUACCACAAGGGAUGAAGAAUAGUCCCACGCUGUGCCAGUUGUAUGUGGACAAUGCACUACAACCCUUAAGGAAAUUAUGGCCACACACGUUAAUUUAUCAUUAUAUGGAUGAUAUCCUGCUCGCGCAGGAGUCGGAGUUCAGCGCCGAACAAGUUCAGCUAUUACAUACGACACUGAGAGAGAAUGGCUUAAUAAUAGCUGUUGAAAAAAUUCAAACGAAAGCGCCAUGGCUAUAUCUAGGCUGGAAGAUUGCUGACUCUCAGAUUCAACCACAAAAACUACAACUCAACACGUCAAUCAACACGCUACAUGAUGCCCAGAGGCUGAUGGGAGACAUCCAAUGGAUCCGUCCUGUCGUCGGAAUAUCCAACGCACAGUUGGACAGCCUUCGACCGUUACUACGUGGGACAGACCCAACCACACCGGUGCAACUUACGUCGGAACAGCAGCGUAUCCUCUCUCAAAUUGCUGACCAGAUUGCCUCACGUUUCGUUCACCGUCGUGACCCCGACCUCCUUAUUGAUCUUUGUUCUGUUGUGGGUGGCUUAGAAACAGGUAAACAUGCAAUCCAGAGACUGAUGGACAGGUGGGGAUAUGCUAGCUAUGAUCAGCGUAUUUUAAUUCCUGACUACAUUUCUUCACAAGGUUCUGCUCGUGAGCUGAGAAAGUGGUGCAGCAUUGCACCAGCAGAUCUUCAUAAUCUCAGUGCUGCAUCAGCUGAAGAAGAAGCUGAAACACAAUUUCAGUCCUGUUUCAUGAACCAAAUGUCAUCUUUACUUCUAGCCAGCAUCAAAGAACUGACAGCCAAAAAGAUUUGUGUAACCAGCAAAGGAAUUGUUGAAUGUUUUCAGUGUAUUCAAUGCAAUUAUACAGAAACGUUUCAAAGACAAUUCCAUUAUAUUGGAUUCCCUGUAGAACUGGAAACAAAGUAUUUUAUCUGUGCUUACAAUCUACCCCCAGCAAAUAUAAGAAAGGAUUUUCCCACAGGAAAUUUGUGGAAUCCAAAUAGAACCAUUUGUGAAAUGGAGAUAGAAUUAGAAGUGAAUUUUACAAGCAGCAGUUUUGGGCUUGAAUAUUUAAUACUGUUUUAUGUGUGUCAAAAGUAUGAAGUACUUCUUGAAGAAAAAACAUACACGUGGGAGAAAAGAAUUGCUGAAAAAGGUCCUGUACAGCGGCUUGCUGCUCAAGAACCAGCGGCAGAUACGGUGAUUUUCCUCAGUUCAAACACUACCACUGCUGCACGUGAUGUUUCUGGAAGCAUAGGAAACUACAAUAACAUGGAAAAUACGUUCACUCUUGCAGUUAACCUCUUCUGCAGUGACAUCACAAAUCAGUCCUCUGUACAAAAAUACACAGUUGUUUGUUCCAAUGAGGUUGAGUCACAAGACACUUGACCAAGUGUUCUGAACCUCUGUCCAAAAUACUAUCUUGUGAAAGACAUCGAGAACUUCUGCAGAGACUUCCGUUUCAUGCAAUGA